AUGUCCUGGCGCGAGAACAACUAUAAUAAUCAAUUCAAUCCACAUGGAGGUCGAAAUGCUUUUCGUGGAGCCAAUGCAAACGACGAUGACACAUCUAAUGUUGAACGCGCAGCAUCAUUUCGUGCCAUGCGCUCGUUCACUCAAUCUAUCGAGUGCGACGAUAUGCCAGCUGCUCCGGAGUUGCCUGCCGAACUGGAUAUUGACCAGAUCGAGGGAUUGAAAGAUCAAACAGAAGGCUUGAAAAAUAGUGACACAAACGAUACAAUAAUAGAAGUUCUUAAACCUCAUCCGAACGAUGUUGAUCCUCAAAUGGGUGAAACUCAAAAGUAUAAGAUGACUGUACCUGGUCCUGGUCAUUCAGAACAGGAGCAAGAAUUACACAAGAGUCUCAUAAGAUCAGAAGAAGAUGAUCCUGAGUUGGAAGUAGAAAUUAACUUGAAGAAUGAAUCCCGAGCUGUACCUCCUUCAGCUUUCAAUAGAUGUCUAGGAAUGGAUCCAUCAAAAGAGCAAGAUAAUAACAUCCGUCGCGAAUAUAACAACGUUGCUGUCCAAAGGCCGCGUCCAACAACUCCGACUUCUCAAUGUACAAUUGAAAGUUUUGCUUUUGUUGGAUCCCAGGAUAAAGUGGAUGUAAAACCUGAUGAGAAAAUCAAAGUUUCCAUUCCAAAUUCUCGACGUCGUCGUUCUGAAAUGUCAUGUUCAGAUUUUUAUGAUGGAAUGUCACAACAAAUUCCUGCUCAGGCCAAAGGUACUGGCAGAAUUACUCCCAUUAAUAAUUACGAAGGAGAUAUUUUGGAAGAAGAUCCAGCAUAUAAGAGUAAAGCUCCGCCACAUCCAGUUGUUCAUCGUCGAGCAAGUAUGGAUUGGGAAAACUUUGAGGAACAAAAAGAUAUUUCAUUUCAGUCCACGCCUGAUGAUGAAGAUCAGCCGACAUUCUCUGAAGAAAUGCAAGAAGAACGUAAAAAAUUGCGCAAAGUAAGGCAAAAUACGGAGACUAAAGGUGAUCAGAGUCAACCAAAUGAUCAAACUUCACCCGAAUCAUCUUUCCCUGCUGCUGUUUGUGAUGAAGACAAUCAUAUACACGAGAAUGGCACAGCGAAAACAGUAGAAGACGAUUCUUUGAAAGGAACUCAAGACUUAUCAACAAACGUAGCCGAAUUAGCCAUUGAAGAAAAUGUUAACCCUAAAGAGGAAAUAUCAAACGAAGUACCGCCAUCUGAAAAUGUGCCGGAACCGGAACAACAUGCCGAAGAUGUGAAUAGCUCCACUGCGCAUGAAGAAACAUAUGAUCCUAAUGCUUAUCCAGGCUACAUAUGGAAUUAUGAAACACAGCAAUGGGAUGUCGAUCCCAAUUAUGUUCCAGCUGAGGGUUAUGAUGGGCAAGCUGACCAGCAAUACUACCAAGAUAACAAUCAGUAUAGCGAAUAUUAUGCUGGUUAUGAUCAGGGAAACUACGAUCAAGCUGCUUCAACUCAGUAUGAUUACACUACCGCUGCUUAUCAUGUUGGAUAUGAUCAAGCUACUGAUUCGUAUGGAAAUACUUAUAAUGCGAACGCUGCUCAAGAUUAUGAUUAUUCCAACUAUAACCAAACUGAUCAAUCCCAAACUCCAUAUGAUGCUUCAGCGUAUAACAAUGGAACAUAUGACCAAACUGCUCAGCAGCAACAAGGAUAUGACCAAUCAGCAUAUAACUCGAAUGCUCAACAAUAUGAUGCAUCUGCGUACGAUUCAAAUGCUCAAGGAUACGAUACAGCAGCUUACAACGCUAGCGGUCAGGGAUACGAUCAGUCCGCUUAUAACUCUGGCAGCCAGGGAUAUGACCAAACCGCAUAUAAUGGCUAUGACUCCAAUUAUCAAAAUAGUUAUGAUCAAACAGCGACUGGAAAUUACGCGGAUUAUGAUCAAUCGGGAUAUGAUCAAACCAACUAUGAUAAUACUAACUACAAUCAAUCUACUUAUGAGCAAUCUUCCUAUGGUACUGAUUAUCCUCCAUCGGUAACAGCGGAUUCAGGGGCAAACGUAUCAGAAGUGCCGAAGACAGACUAUGAUGGAUAUAGCAAUCAGUCUCCAUAUGCUGACAACACCUAUAAUUACCCUACUCAGCAAACCACAGACUAUUAUCAAGAUACAACAACAAGUCAGUUACCACCCGAGCGUCCUCAACCUCCCCCAUUCUCAGUACCAGAUUUUGUGGCUCCAAGUUGGAAUGAAAAACCAAUGCAAGAAAGUGUGACUGAAACUUCAGUUGAGAAAAAAGAGCCUGCCCGACCUCCACCUCCCUCAAGACCGGCUCCUCCUAGUUCGGCUGGAAAGGGUGAUGAAACGACUAAAGAAGAUGGAGCUUCCCAUGCGCCACCUCCCCGUCCUCCUCCGGCUGCUAAAGGUCCACCUCCACGGCCACAAGCACCACAUCCGGCUAAUAUACCUGAAAAGGAAGAAGAUGCUUGGACGGCAUUCAAGAAAAUGACAGAAAAAGUGAAUAUUGUUGUUAAAAAUACUGAGGAACAAUUGAAAACUCUGAGUGAAACAACCGCUGCUAAUGAUAUCAAGGAUGAGAGCUACUUAGCCGAAGUUGGUGGCGAACAGGGUUAUGUACACAAUGCAACUCAACGUGAAAUUCAAAAAAGGCUUGAAGAACAAAAGAAUGCAAAAACACUGAAGAAGAAACUCAAGCAACAAGGAAAGAAAGUUGCUUCACCCACUUUCGAUCCAGAUGAAGAAGAUAAUAUGGACAGAGCAGCACAGGAAUUAGCCGCAAAACUUGCAGCCAAGAUGAAUUUGCAGUUAAGCAGUGGGCCAAGUAUCGCACCGGCAGCACCAGCAAAAAGCUCAUCAGCUAAGGGACAGGAAGAGGAAGAGAAAGCGGAAACUCCCGUGUCAGACAACAAGGAGUCAGAUAAAGAGAGUCCUGUAGAAAGUUCGGAUACAGAUGCCAAGGAACCAGCAGUUGUGAAUGAUGACAAUGGUAAUGAUACGGCACCAGUCAAUGUAGGUUGGGAUGAUUUCGGAGCUGAUCUUCCUCCCAGUGAGAGCGGUUUCUUCAGCAAUAAGGAAAUUAUUGAGAAAAAGCCUGACAUUGAAAUCGAUCCUUUUGCUCCGCCUGAUAGAAGUCUGAUUGAUGAAACUUACGAUCCAUUUGCCGUUGAUGCUGUAGAAGACAUUGUAGCUGCGGCAAAAGCUAAAGCAGCUGAAGUUCAACAGCAAUGUACUGAAAAAGAUGAUGUUGACUUUUAUGCCCUUGGAAGACAAUCGCGUUUGUCUUCUCCGACACCAGAGGGUGGCAGCCCGGUUAGUCAUAGACCCGAAGGUUUCGAGGAUAACUUCAAGUGCAAUGUUGGAGAUGAUGGUACUCCUACACCUCUUUAUGAUGAAGAUGAUUCUCAGCCGUUAGAAGAUUUCCUGCCUAAAAGCGACAAUGAUGGAUGGGAGCUCAUGGUUAGGCAUCCGAUCAAAAAGAAGUCUUUCAUGGCUGAGAGAUGUUGGAAGCCUUGCUUCGUAAAGCUUGAAGGCAAUGUUCUUAUUCUUUUCAACAAUAGGAGUGAUACAAAGCCUCUUCAAGAAUUGCAUUUACAAGCCACAUACUCGCUAUCUGACACCACGCUGCAAGCUUAUGACAUUUAUGGUAAAAUUCAUACUGUAAAGCUACAGCAAGUACAGUAUAAGGAGAAAGUAGGAAUCAGACCAGGACAAAUAUCAAGACUAGUUGAUGGACAUGUAACCAAAUAUGGAUUACCUCUUGAACACUCAGCUCAGUGUAAUGUAUUGCUCAAGUUUGGAUCAUUACAUGCACACGAGCUCCGGUCUUUUGUUUAUGCCAUCGAAGACGUUCUCUUCCGAUGUCAAGCGAAGAGAGAAAGUAAACCUAAUUACAAACAAGAUGAAGUGCAGGUUCAUUGUUAUGAUGAAUAUUCCGCAUAUGUUGACAAAGAUGGAAUUGUUUCUGAUCAGAAAGCCCGUGUUAGAUUGUUUUGUCUAGCCUUUGUGACAGGGUCACCUUUCCUUGAAAUAGGAUUAAAUGAUCGACGACGUCAAGGAAAGGAAAUUGUGAGACGAAAAGAUAUUCUACCAAUGUACACAGAAAGAUGGAUUCGUUUUGAAAAUUUAGAGUUUCAUAACACUGUCAACCAGUCUUCGUUUGAUUCUGAACAAGUAAUCCGGUUAAGCCCUCCUGACGGAUGCUUCUUUGAGAUCAUGCGUUUCCGUGUUCGUCCACCUAAAAACAGAGAGAAGUUCUUGAACAUAAAAAGUAUCAUGAAAAUUGCGGGAUCAAAGGUUGAGAUCAGAAUAGAGUUAAUGGCGUCUGCUCAAGUGGAAAGAAGUAAAGGAGGCAAGAGCACAAAAAGACAAAUUCCUUGUGAAGAUGUAGCAAUUCGGUUUCCUAUACCUGAAGCUUGGAUUUAUAUUUUCCGUGAAGAAAGACACUGGGGUGUAGGCUCAGUUCAUUCUAAGAAAUUAAAACCAGGAAAAGUUCAGAAUUUAAAAGAUCGUUUAUUAGGGGCGGUUCAAUCGAACGACCAUAACCUCAUUGAAGUAGCUAUAGGUGAAGCUAAAUAUGAACACGUGUACCGUUCGUUGGUGUGGAGAAUUCCUCGAUUACCAGAAAAGCAUCAUGCUGCUUAUAAGAGCCAUUUACUAAAAUGCCGGUUCGAGUUAUCCUCCUUUGACUUGAUGCCAGAGACCUUCCUCCCCCGUUGUGAUGUAGACUUCACAAUGCCACUAGCAACAGUAUCCAAUACUGUUGUUCGGUCAGUGUCUGUUGAACAGCAUGAAGAUUCAGAUCGAGUGGAAAAAUUUGUUCGAUACGUAGCAAAGUGUCAGUACAAGGUAGAAAUAGAUUAUGUGCAGUGUGCAGAUUUAGAAGUUGACACAAUGGAUCCUAGUACAAAUCCAGAUGAAGUUAUGAAUGUUGUACCUGAGCUUCAUCAGCCUACAUUUGAGCCAAACACUGUGGCUGAAAUGCAUGAUGGUUAUCGCAUUGAACUACCUGAAAGACCCGAAAAUGAGCCGAAUGACUCAAGCUCGGAUGAUGAAGACGAUAAGAAGCAUAAAAUGCCUAUCAUUCAAAUAGAUAUGAAGAACUAUGGAUAUUAG